UAGAGCGCAGGUAAUAUUGGUCUUGAAAUGGUUCUCCAUGUACUUUUUGUUUAUUUCGUUUUUCUGACAGAAGCUAGAGGAUUCUGCGGAGCGUGCAGCUGCGGCGUUUUAAAUUUUAAAAGUGUGGAAGCUUAACGGGCGACUGAAACCAUGCUUUUUCAUAAUUUUUUCCCUUGUUUGUGUUACAUAAGAUGCACUUGCAGUUAAUGGAAUGAAGGUGACACUAAGCAGCAUGUGGGAUCGAAUGCGAUCCAGUGCACAACGAAUUUUCGGGAACCACGAAACUUUGCAAGAAGAAAACAGCGUCUCUGGGGAAGACAGAGAUCACGCCAACGACCAGUCGCAUUCUAGAACCGUGUCCACUGACUACACUGAAUUGAUGGGUGGCAGUGUACCAUGCCCGUCUUGCAAAGGCACGGGUCGAAUCCCCAAAGAAAUGGAAGAGACUUUAGUUGCUUUGAUUCCUUUGAAUGACGAUCGUUUGAAGCCGAAACGAACAUGGUUUUGGGUUCUAAUAGGAAUUGGGAUGUGCACUUUGCUAGCAUCUGGAGCAAUCUUCAUGCUUGUUCCACGUGCCGUCGACUUACACAGCAAUCGGCCUGCCAUUAACAUUAUCCACGUUACUGAACAUAAACCGUCGCCACCAACAAUUAAAUUCCAUUUUAUGAAUUAUGUAAAUAUCUCAAAUUCCAACUACUACGUUAUACAAGUUGUGAAUACUUCUGCGAUUAUCAUCUCUAAGUUCCAACCAUGGUCAAGUGACGUCAUAGGCUCUGGACUGAACGCAAGCACUGUAUCAGUAGCACCGCUGAGCAGUAAUAAUAAUCAGCUGAUGUUCAACAACUCUGUAACUCUUACAGAUGUAGUGGCUGAGUACUGCCAAGCGCCGUUCUCCCGCCUCACAUCACUUUACGUUAACAUGCAGUUUGACAUUAACGUAGCUCUCGUUUACUUCAACCAUCGCGAGCAGGUGUCUCUAACAACGACUCAGCAGGUUUGCUGCGUUCCUUCCGGUAACUGCACAUCCAGUUGAGAAAAUAGAUGUUAAUUUGUACUUUCUACAUUUGUGAACCACACUGCUUUGUCUUACUGAAUAAUCUUUUAUCAGAAUGUCUCUCUUGUUUAUCCGAUGCCAUCACCAUCCAUCGCUGCUUAUUACGAAAAAUUGUGAUGUCCGUAAUAUUUCCAUUUAUUUGGGUUCUCAUGAUGAUUGUCACUUUGUUUUAUGUUAACAUUGCUGUUUUAUGUCGAUUUUCCCGGUUACUUUCAACACCAGCAAUAGCAACGUAACAAUUUGCUACUCACUGGUAUAUGACCGCUGUGCUAUGGGUUCAAACUGCUGCUUAUUAUCCUAGUUUUGCAUGAUCUAUGUGUCCGUCCAGUCAUUA